AAAUCCAAGCGGAAGGUAGGUGAGAAUCAACGUUUUCCCCACUGCUCAAUUACUUAUUUUCUGCUUUGCAAUUUACAAUUUAUUAAAAAUAUAUAUAAAUAAUAAAUUAUGUAGAAAUUUGAAAACCCUCGAUUCUUCCCUAAAUUUGCCCAACUUCCCAUUAAUAAUAACUCUCUUUCCUCGACUCCCUAAAAAAAUAAACAGAAAUAAUUAACAAAAAUUGAUCCAAUCAGUUCCUUCAAUACCCAGGAAUGGGGAGCGGUUUUGGGGAAUCAACAAGCAGACUACCCCCAAGUCCGCCUUGCUCGGGUAGUACUGAUAAUGCUAACGAUGCCGGUGGUUUUGAAUGCAAUAUCUGCUUCGAGUUAGCUCAAGACCCGAUCGUCACACUUUGCGGUCACCUCUUUUGUUGGCCGUGUCUAUACAGAUGGUUACACCAUCACUGUCAUUGCCAUGAAUGCCCUGUUUGCAAAGCCCUCAUACAAGAGGAAAAACUCGUUCCUCUUUAUGGUAGGGGCAAAAACCAUACCGAUCCACGUUCAAAAUUGUAUCCCGGCAUGGAAAUCCCUAACCGUCCCACAGGGCAAAGACCGGCAACCGCUCCUCCUCCUCCCCCAGAAGCCAAUCCAUUUGGCAAUUACAGGUUUGGACUAAUGGGAGGUUUCGUUCCAAUGGCAACCACCAGGAUCGGUAACUUCACAAUGGGGUUUGGAGGCUUAUUGCCAUCAUUGUUUAACAUCCAGUCCCAUGGAUUCCCAGAUGCUACUGUUUACGGAACAACUUCGGGGUUCCCUUUCGGAUACAAUACAGUUCAUGGCAGUCAUCCUCAUGGGUUUCCCCAGCCACCAACCACUCGAGGACAGCAAGCAGAUAAUGUGUUGAAGAAUCUUCUUUUGUUGAUCGGGGUCUUCGUAGUCCUUGCUCUGCUAUAUUGGUGAAAUAGGUAUAACCGCUUAAGCUCAGACAAAGCUUGGUUAUCUAGUGUCUGUAUAUAUAUGCUUAUAGCCGAAUCGAUGAUUCUGUUUUGGCUCGAGAAGAAGUUGUCAAUAUAAUACUUUGCCAUUUGUAGCUUCAGGAACAACUUACACUCGUCUUAAUUCGUUCUUUUCAAAAUAAAAAAAGGAAUUAGCUCGUUUCCCCCCUAUACAUCGAAACAUUGUGUUGAUUCUUGAAUGGUCAUUUGGUGUCAAUCAUGUUAGAACCAUAAAAAGAGAACAGCUGUUUUCUUAUUUCUUUGCUUUUUCUUGGUGAUCCAAUCAUGGUGGUAAUAGCUAUAUACGUCUCCCAUAAGCUAAAUUAUUGAACAUCUUUGGAUUUUUAUUACAUAACCAUAUGGAACAUGAGUUUGAUAUACAAACACAAAUUCAUAUAUAGGCUCCAUUUGGUGCUUUGUCUAUAGGAACAUGCUAUCGAAUGAUAGUUUUGAACACUAUUUGGGUGAAAAUACCAUAGAGGUCAUUGAACUAGGAAUCAAAUUGUAUUUUACCCUCUCUACUGAAAAAUGAGCAAAUUAGUCCCUGUAUCUUAAAUCAAAGAAAAGAUUGGUCCUUUCUAUUAAAAAUUUCAUCUUUUUGUAUUGUUAAAAAUUGGUGUGGCUGAUAGAAUAACUAGACAGUAAUGCUUAGUGUGCUACGUGUACUUUAUGUUAAUAUUUAGGGAUUAGUUUUUAGCAGUAGAAAUAGAUGGAAUUUUUAAUAGAAAGAUUAAUUUGUUCUUUGAUCGAAUAUAUAGGGAGUUAGGGACUAAUUUACUCAUUUUUAAAUAGAGGUGUCAAAAUACAAUCUUACUCCUAUUAUAGGAGUUUCUAUGAUACUUUUACCACAUUAUUUGUUGAAUCAAUUACAUUGGUUGGAUGGUUCUGAUGUUAACAUAUGGGAAAGAUAAUGCCUUUUGUUUUGUUCCACAUGGUAGGGUAGGGAAUUCAUUAAUCAUACCAUGGAAACUUGGUCAUAGGGUACUUCUGGUUUGAUCAUGCAACUAAACUCAAGAAAAAUUAAUCUUUCUUAACUUUAGAACAAGGCAACCCUUGAUUCUUUUCCUCCUCAGCUAACUGACAUAUGGACUGAGGAGGAUGGGGAUUGUAAGAUAAUUCACUCGGUGGGUUGAGAGCCAUAAAGUGAGGGUUUGAAGUAAAAGAGUUGAUGGAUUGAGGAGGAUGGGGACUUGUAAGACAGUUCACUCAGUGGGUUGAGAGUCGUAAAAUGAGGGUUUGAAGUAAAAGAGCUGCAGACAAGGACAAGAGUCGAAGGGCAUGAUUGGUUCAUCGAGGUUGGAAAUGCCACGUAAACGGAUGUGAUUGUUGGAUGUUUGAGUAACAAGUGGCGGUAAUCUUGUUGUCGUGAUUUGUUAGUUUUUAGAGAAGAGUUGAAUUGAUGUUUUUAACAGACAUAUCGAAUAAAACAUUAAAAUUUUAAACAUGGCAACUUACAUGACAAUCUACAUAUAA